GUUUUGGCUUCCAUUACUUCCAUUGACUGCCACCAACGAGUCCAAUAAUAGUAUCGUGAUGAAGGAUCCAGCUUUAACUUACAACCAAGAUCUGUGUCUCAUUACUUCCAUUCACCUAUAGGUGUCACAGAAACCAAGAAUGGUCUGGCUUUCUUGACCGUGACAGUGAAAUCUUUCUGCACGAACAGAUGUAUGUACAUUAUUUGGAUUUGAUUGUUGAAUUUAUAUAAAAGACAUCUCUGCAUGUAAAUACUAAUUAUACUUGUAGUACUUUUGUAUGAGUUUGAUAUAUUUUAAAUUUGGUUGUAGACCGAUUCGGAAAAUGGUUGUCAUUUUUUUUUCUUCCGAAAUUAAUUUUAAUUACCACACCACUAUAUUCACUGCCACCUUAUACUGUAGAAUACUUCAAGAUUAACAGUUUUACAAACUGUAUAAUAUAAUACCUUGUUUUCUAUUGGGGAAAUUAAAUAUGGAAAUAUAGACGUUCAUGCUCCACAUAGCAAACAAGUACGACUAGCCUCGUUUUGGUUAUUGCAGAAAAUUCAAUUUGCAUGGACAGUUUCCAAUCUUAAAGUUAAAUUCUUACACUUUGCAAAAAUAGUCUUCGUUGAAUAAUUGUGAUAACAGUCUUCGUUGAAAAAUUGUGAUAACCAGUUCUCGAAUCGAUCAAUAAGGUUUAUGUAUAAUGCAUUGGAUUAAAUAUAUGUAGUAAAUUGUAGUACGUUUCUCUAAUCAUGUGAGUAUUUAGCAAUUGAUACGAUCUGUUGUGAAUUAGUUAACGUUACUAUUGUUUAGAUUCUGUCCAUACUUACCCCUAUCGAAUUGUUCCUUUCCUUUCACGCCCUUUUUCAAUAUUUGUUUCAAGUUGUUAUUUUCAAAGGUUUUGUAUACAUGCAAGAACAGAUACGUAAAUUAAACAAGGUAAUUUUAUUUACAUGUGUUCUAGUGAAGUAUUAUGUUUACAUUUAACAGUCUUCUCGCUCUGGACCUCUCUCCUCCGCAUAAGCUAAUUACCUUAAUCAUAGCCAACAAACAGAAGCCUCUGUGGAGGAGAGAGAGUAUGGACUAUUUAAAUACAAAGUGAAUAUUUUCGAUACAUAGGAAACGUCUAUCCCCAGCAGGUACUUCUAAAUAUUUACACUGUAAAAGUCUGAUAAACAUAGACUAUGCCAGAGUAAAAAACUGAAGUUCAUAUUCCAGUUAUAUGUUGAGAUCACUGAUAUAUAAAUCAAAUCGCAGCGCGGGAAAAUAUAAAAUUUAUUUUAAAAUUUAUUAAAGUUGUUUUUGUGGACUGCGGUACGUUUUGCUAAUCAAAAAUGCAUAUUUUGUUUUACUUUUGACCUUUUGUGUUUUACCUAUACAAUUUAUAAAGUGUAGUUAACAUUAUACGUUUGAAAAAUAGAUUUGUAGGGCAAAUUUUCUUGAUUUUCCCUUCCUAUUCCAGCACGAAACAUUUUUCCAUAUUUUUUAGUAUUUAACAAAUUCUGUAUUUUCCUCUAGGUUUUUCAAAGAAAAUCAAUUUGAAGGUAUGAACUAAUUAUUUUUUAUGCUUUUACAAUUACUUAAGAAAACAUGAAAUACUAUACCAGUCUCCAGUAAGUUUAAUAACUGAAAUUAUGUACAACACUCAACAGCAGAGUGUUGCUGUUGGAGAUACAACUACCUGAAAAAUAAAGUAUUUUGAGCGAAGGUUUUGCAAACUAUUCGUUUUGUAUUUUCCAGAUAGGUGUAUAUAGCUGAGCUAUACUAUAUUAUUAUAAUAGUUAAGUGGUUUAUCUCCAUAAACUGAAACAGAAUUAUGAUGGUCAGAAAACAACAUUGUAACAUAUCAGGGACCUCCCUGGCCGAUGUUUUACUCAACAGCCUGAGCGCCCAUUGGGCCCAUUGGGGUUGGGGGCCCCCGGGUUCACCAGGUCUGAACCCAUAGUAGUUAUGCCACUGGUAUUAUUACACAGAAUUGCCCAGAAACAUGUAGAGUGCCUGGGGCACAUUAUGAGUUUAAGUCCUAUAGAUUUUGCUUUGUCAAAUAAUCUUUUGAGAUCAUGUGCUCCUUUACAAAAAUUGAUUUUCACCCUCAUGAACUUUUAGGGCAAUCCUCAAACUUUUAUGCCCUCUUGUGAAAGGGGUCUCUAAAUUUUCCCUUCUCUAUGUACCCCUUAAGACUAAUUGUCUGUGCCUAUGGGAUUUUAUUAAACCAUCAGUUAUGUUAAUUUAAGAACGUAAUACUUUAAUUUAAUUAGAGUCCAUGGAAAUAGCAGUGACUGAAGAACCACCUGCGGUUCCGACUAAGGAAUCUGAAAAUGAUAGUAAGUUGAUGUAUGUAAUUUGAUAUGAAAUUGGAUGAUCGAAACAAUUGGUUUUCCAGUAACAUCUCCGAUCUACUGUAUGGUGGGAGGUGUAGACUUUGUGAAACGGUCCAAUGAGAACCCUUUGUUUGCUUCAUUGCUUUCAUAAUUUUAUUUUAUUAGAGAACAAUACUAAAGAAGAUAAUGACAGAGGUAGAGUUUUUAAUAUAGCUGUAAUGCUGUAUGUUUAUGUUGUAUCUAGCUGUUUUAGUUACUCUGUGUUCUUGCUAAUUUCCAUACAGUUAAAUGGGCCAAUUAAAUUAAUCUUUUAAUUAUGAAAAUAAGAGUUCCUCAUUUCAUUUUAUUAGAUAACAAUACUAAUGAAGAUAAUAACAGAGGUAUAGUUUUUAACUAUGUUGUAUCUGUUUUUGUUACUCCAUGUUCUUGCUUGUGUACAGUUAAAUGUAUUGCAUUUAAAAUCAUUGUGAUUGUGAAACAAUAUAACUGUGGCAUGGGCAAAUUUAAGUAAUUGACUUCCAAUACUACUAUAGUAUUUAUUUCUCAUACAUGUAACGAAACUUAAUUAUAAGCCCAAUGUUUACCAUAAUUAUUUGUUUGCAACACAUACUGCAAACACUCUAUUUGUGUUACCUUUCUUACUUUUUUGUUUAGAUACUGCUGGUCCAAUUAGGCGAAAAAAAGGUAUUAUAAUUGCACCAGUUUUUCCAUGCUAGCUAAUUAUAACCUUUAACUGUCUAAUGCUGGAAGUUUUACUUGUUCAGGGGAGAUUGCUACCACUCAAUGAGUUGAUGCUUUCAGUAUAUAAUUACAGGAUAUGAAAUUGGUUGUUAGAAUUGUAAUAUAUAUAACACUAAUCAGUAUCCAGAAGUGGAAUAUCGGUUUCUCAGAUGAGAUACUAGAGCUUUGAAUCCUAUUACCCCAGUGAAUUAUUGGGAAAAUAUCAAUUUCAGACCCUAUAUUAUUAUGAUCUACAGUAUAUAUUUAAUCUUAUGGUUCUCAUAAGAGACAGUAGGACAUUUUAUUCAGGGACCGAGGGCUAACUAUUAUUUUUUAAUAUUUAGGGUAUUGUUACAAAUGUGGCUUGAGAGGCCAUCAUGCAAAAGACUGCACUUCAAGUAAUGUACUUUAUAUUACCAACAAUGGUCAAUAUUUACAUACAGUAGAUUUAACAUCUUGGAAUUAAAUACAAUCCGGCUUAUCCAUCCCAUAAUCCUAACCUACUUGUUAGUCACAAACACCCACACAGUUCCAAUGUAGGAAAUAGGCACUAAUAAGUAGUAACCUUCAAACAUCCUGACCAGUGCAUAUAUUAGCAUUCAUUUAUCAGAAGUAAAUUCCCCUAAUCCCCUCCUUUCUGAAAAGACCAUAUGUCGUUGGAAAACAUGUUCUAAGUACCAACAUUACAAAACUAAAUUAUAUAUUUCAACAUAUAGGAGUGGUUUGUUGGACAUGUGGCGAGAGGGGGCACAUUCAAACAAAGUGUCCCCGCAAAGAGAAGAAAAAUGGGCGUGGAGUGGUUUUCCACUGUACGUCAUGUACAUUUAAAGUCAAUAAUUAAAAAAAAUAUUAAAUAAUAAUUAUAUAUUUUGUAUAUUUCUUGUACAUUUACAGUCGCGCCAAUAAAAGCAUUCCGAAAAAUGUUGGCCAGUUCCUCUGAACAAUUCCUGAACAAUUUGAGAUUUUAAGUUCCUUAAAAAGUUCCGAACUUCCUGUUUCAUUGACCAAUCAGAUUGCUCAAAAAUAAAAUAUAAAAUUUGAUUCGUCAAUGAAACAGGAAGUUAGGAACUUCUUAAGGAACUUAUCAAAUUGUUGAGGAAUUGUUAAGAGGAACUCCUCGAAGUUAGGAAAUGAACUGGUCAACAUUUUUCGGAACGCUUCUAUUGGCACAACUGUAAUAUUUGUAAAAUUUUAAUACUUUUUAUCUGAUUUAAUAUAUGGUUUUACUGUAUAAUAAUUUAAUAAAUUUACAUAGUAUUACAUGUAUAAUUAAAUAACAUCAAAAUUCAUGCAAGUUUCUUGGUGCAUCAGUCAAACACAAGCACACCCAACCCCCUUAGAUUUGGUCAAAAUGGGGGAAUAAAAAGUUGGUGAGUGGUAAUUAAAUUACCCACCCUGUUCAAUGAAAUGUGCAGGUGUGAUCAGAUAUAAUAUAC